AUGUCCAUGAACCCCUUCUGCGAGAUUCCCAUGGAGGAGGCGUUGCGGCUCUGCGAGGCCGGCGCCGCCUCCGAGGUCGUCGCCGCCACUGUCGGUCCCGCGCAGGCCGCCGACACGCUCCGCACCGCACUCGCCAUGGGCGCCGACCGCGCCGUCCACGUCCUCCACGACCCCGACCCCGACCCCGCCCGCCCGCUCCUCCCGCUUGCCGUCGCCAAGAUCAUCUGUGCCCUCACGCUCCAGGAGACCCCCGGCCUCCUCAUCCUCGACAAGCAGGUUCUCAGAUCGAGUGCUCCCUCCAGGUGA